UCCAAUCCGAGCCGCUACUCCCGCCAGAAACCCUACUCUCUUCUUCAUCGCUUCGCUUUCUUCGAUUAAUCAUCGUCUUCGUCGUAUCUUUUGCUUCGCCUCUGGAAGAAGUGAACGGAAAAAAUCAUCAUCCCUCUUUAAACUGAAGAUUAGGAUGGGUCUAAUGUAUUACAUUGGACUCAAUCGAUUGGUCUUAGGGCUACGUUUCCGUUCGGCAGCGCUGCGAUGGGGAUGGAAUUGCUACUGCCAGACAAACAUCUCCAGUCCAAUAAGAUCAAUGGGUAUGCACACCAUAAGCCCAGUUAAUCCUGAGAUCAUGAUAACCUCCAAGCCAGACGAUUGGGUUACACAGGAUGCUUCGGGGUUCGACCUCAACAACAAGAUCAUAGACGAACAUCAUGAGGGUGAGUGGUUCUCUAAAGAUCACCAGGAUAUUGAUGUCAAGUCUAUGCUAGAUGAUUGGGUUGAUUUUAAGGAGGAGGCUUCGGCGGGGUACCUCAAGAGGAUCAUAAGGAGACUUCGCAAGGAUGGGCGGUUCUCUCUAGCUCUAAAGGUUUAUGAAUGGAUGAGAAAUAAAGGUAUUUAUAAAUUCUCGUGUACUGACCAUGCUGUCCUGAUAAAUUUGAUUUGGAGGGUUCGGGGAUUUUCUGCUGCGGAGCGCCAUGUGAGGCACUUGCCAAAACAAGCUAGAAAUGACAAGACAUAUGGAGAACUCCUUCAUUGUUAUGUGCAUGAAAACAGAACAGGAGAGGCUUUAUUGCAUUUUCAGAAGAUGAAAGAGUUGGGUUUUGCGUUGUCACUUCGCCCUUUAAAUGAAAUCAUCCGCCUUUACGCCAAUAGUCUCCAAAUUGAGAAGGUCCUUGGGGUGUUAGCCGAGAUGAAGAAGAGCAAGGUUUCACCUGAUAAUGAUAGUUACAGAAUCUGCAUUAGCUCAUUUGGGUUAAAGUAUGAUGUGGAUGGGAUGGAGAGAAUGCUGAGAGAAAUGGAGAGUCAACCCCACAUUGUCAUGGACUGGUGUACUUACGCCGUGGUAGCCCAGUUCUAUGAUAGAGAAUUCCUUGUAGAUAAGGCCACUGAUGCUCUUGAAAAGGCAAGGGUAAUAUUACAAAAGAAGGAAAAAAGAAGGAAAAGCCCCAAUUAUCUGCUAGAAAGUGAGUAUGAGAAUGUGAUAAAGUCACUGGUGAAGCUUGGUGAGUUAGAUGAGGCUAUGAAGUUUGUCAAGGAGUGGGAAGUACUCGGUAAUUGGCGCAGCGUGAUUGAUAUUCGCGUUCCUUACCCAAUUAUUGAGGAGUACAUAAAAAACGGUGCAUUAGGGAAGGCAUAUAGUAUAAUCUUUGAGUGGGCUGGCAAGGGGAAGAAGGGCGUCGACAAGCUUUCACGUUUACUUUGCAGAGAAUACCUUAAAGCGGAUGAACUAUUUCAAGCAUAUAACUGCUUUCUGGGAUGUGAUCAUAAUUGUGGGCCUCAAUUGAUUCAGAUGAUGUUUCUCCAAUACCUGGAAGAAGCAUGUGGGUCAUUUUUCCCCUUAUACUGCGGUGCAUCAUUGUGCUCUAGAUCAUUUAGAACUGAUGAUGGCAAAACAAUCUUAGAACUCAUUCCAGUCGAUGCAAGAUACAAACUCAAAGUCGCUUUGUUGGUACAUCCAGAGGACUCAGCGGCCCAAGCAGUAAAUGUGGAUUAUGAGAACAUUAUAAGGUCACUAGUGGAGUGGGGCGAGUUGAACGAGGCCAGGAAGAUGGCGAGAGAGUGGGAAUCAUCUGGCAACUUGUCUAGUCUUGACGAUUUAAACAUUUCCAAGCUGAUCAUUGAGGGAUAUUGUAGGCAGGGUCUGUUUAUUGAAGCAGAGGGAUUGGCAGAAGCUUGGACAAGAGAGAAGAAGUGUUGGGCUGGUGGGAUUUGGUUCAUACUUGCUGAUCAUUACCAGGAACAGGGUAAACUGGUCAGAGGAUUUGAGUGCAUGAGGAGAUUUUGGGACUUCACCCCGUGGCUCGAAGGCUCUUUCGAGUUUGAAAUGUUUUUGUUUAUGAUUGACUAUUCAAGAGGCAUGAGUGCCUCACUAGGGCACUUGGGGCGGGAUGAAAAGGAUACUUUCUUUUACUUGUAUGACAUGUUAUGUCCCUACCAAAGAUGAGUAUCCCCCGCCCCAAAAUUAUUAGAGGCCGGUUCACAUGACAUUGGGAACCAAUGUUAUGCGAUGACCCGGGGUGCUCCGGUGCUCCGUUCAUGAAAUUGAUGGUUCCUACCCCCCUAAUCUCCCGGUACACCUCCCCACACCGCCCCGACCCAAACACGUCCCCCACCCCCUUCAAUUGCACCUCCAAGUUGAUUUUGACAUGAGAACCAAGGUGAAAUUAUU